AUGUGGGAUUUGGAUUUUAACAAGGAUUUGGUUGACAUUAUUGCUGUCAAGCAGUACAUCUCCAAACGAUGCCUACAUGCCCAUGAUGCUCUUCAGGAUCUGGUGCCUCUCCACCCCAACAUCAGCAACACGUCCGACUCAGAGAAGGGGUUUGACAAGUUCAUGUCCAAGAUGGGUGAUGAUCAACGGGCGAUAGACCCUACAGAACUCAAUGCUAUUCUUCACACAGAAAUACCCGUGCUGUUGGACAACGAGAACAUUGUCCUGGCGUUCAAGGUGGGUCGUGAUGCCACCCUUUUCACGAAUCUUCGUGUCAUGAUUAUGGAUGUGCAAGGCUGGAGUGGAAAAAAGGUGGAGUACAAGAGCAUCCCUUACAAAAGUAUUCGUGGAUUCUCUGCGGAGUCUGCGGGUAGCUGGGACCGAGAUUCUGAGAUCAAGCUGUACACCCGCAAUCUCUGGAGUUUGAAAAAGAUUAAAGAUGCUGCUCGAUACUUUGAAACCUCGGGGUCGUUUGGUUCAUUGGAACCGAAGGCUCCAGAUAUGGACAGCUUUACAUCGUGGCUCACCAGCAACUCGGUGGAGAUUGAUGCCGACGUUGUGUCUCACCAGCUCCACAGUGACCCUUCCAUUCUCUUGGAUGACGAGCGCGUGGAAAGAGCUUACAAGUGUGGCCGUGACAUGUUCGUCUACACAACUCUUCGACUCCUUAGGGUCGAUGUACAAGGUCUCAGUGGAAACAAAGUCCAAUACAAGUCAAUUCCGAUGAAAUGGGUCCACAGUUUUGAGGUGGAGACUGCAGGCCACCUGGAUAAUGAUGCAGAAGUUUAUAUUCAGACGAGCAUCCCUGGAAUGCAGCGAGUUCAACAAGAUAUUCUGGUCAAGGCUGGCGAUGUCAUGCAGAUGCAUGUGUACCUGACCAACAAGCUUUUGUUUCCACCAAACUGA